UCCUCAACAAAACCUCAAUCCCCCGUAUCCACCUCCCACUCUCGAGCCUCUCAUCCCGAACCAGAAGACCGGAGAUGGCAGCAAGCAUGGCUACGUCGAGCGUCAUCGGCCUCGGCUCCUCGGCCUUGACAUCGCCGAAGAAGGCCUCCCUUGUCUCAGACUUUGUGAGGUCUCCGGUGAGAGCGAGGAACCCGAUGAAGCCGGUUCGCGCUUCGGGAGGACGGUUCACAUGCUUCCAGAGAGACUGGUUGCGCGCCGACUACAGUGUGAUUGGGUUCGGGCUGAUCGGGUGGCUCGCUCCAUCCAGCGUUCCGGCGAUCGACGGCAAGAGCCUGACGGGGCUCUUCUUCGAGAGCAUUGGGAACGAGCUCGCUCACUUCCCCACGCCUCCCCCGCUCGCUUCCCCAUUCUGGUUGUGGCUGAUCACAUGGCACCUGGGUCUGUUCUUGUGCCUCACCUUCGGUCAAAUCGGCUUCAAGGGGAGGACCGAGGAUUACUUCUGAAGAAGCUAAGAGACAUUAUCAUGUUUCAUGUGUAAUCUUCUUGUAAAUUACCCAGAAAUUUCCCAGCAAAUCUAUCCUCUUCUUGUUUCGUCCCCUCCCUUCGAAAUCCAUGUACCCUUUUGUAUCUGAUGAACAGCUGCUGCUCGUAUUUGAUUUAACUCCGAGCUAUAUGCGUAGUAUGCCCUC